AGACUGAACCCGAAGCUGCCGCUGUGAAUUUAAAUGCUAUAUCCCCCUGCUGGACCCCUCGUCUUGCUACCGAUCAGAUCUCUCUUCUUCACCUCACCUCACUGAACUCAACUCAACUGAACUGCUCAGCAGCACACCAUCUAUCUACAUCUUCAAUCCGGUAGAUCUCGAAUCUUCACCUAACAACUUCUGCCAUACGACAUCAGUAUCGUAUUCAUCAUGGCUAUGGGUAUCAUCACCAUCAUUCACGCCGUUCUGGCAGUCUUUCUCAUCAUUGAGCUGGGCCUCACCGCAUACCUCGUCGACGCAACUAACCCCUCGUGGUGGGGAGGCGGUUCUCCUCCUCAAUAUGCAUUCCUGCUAUUCUGUGUCGUCUGGUCCAUCAUCAUGCUCCUCUACCUCGCCCUUACGCCUCUCUUCGCUCCCCGCAUGUACCACAACAUGGUCGCUCUCGGCGUCCUCGCUCUCACCACUCUCUUCUGGUUCGCUGGUGCCACCGCUCUCGCUGCUCACAUCGGUGUGCCUCACUGCCACGGACGAACAUUCUGUCAAUGCGCUCAGGCUGCCGUCGCGUUUGGGUACUUCAUCUGGGCCAUCUUCACUGGAUUGACCAUCAUGGAGGCUCUCGCUUUCAUGCGAUCGCGCGGUCACUCUGCUCACGCUGAUACCAAGCCCGGCCAUCACUAUGGUGCUUAAACGAUUCAGGAUGUAAUGGAUUGAUGGAUAACAUGAAUUGGAAAUGGAGCGGCGGUAGUUUUUGGUUGUUGGAUUCGUCUUGCUUUCAAUUGUUUUUUAUGCGACACGGCCGCAAGAUACCCUUCAGGAACUGACAAACUCGUCAGAAGCGCCCGAUUAUAUGAUUACUUUUGUAUUAUUCAUGGUGUAUUGGUGUGUUAUGGUUGAGAAAAGAAAACUAUCGUUGAAUAUUUUAUAUCAUGGUCUUGCUAUUCAACUUCUCAUGCCAGUGAAUGAACGUCUUCAUCAACACCACAAUGUUGGUUGAACAGCCUGCAAUUAGAGAUAGACUUGAUCUGCGUGUGCAUUUGACGCUUAUUUCCAUGCCGGGAGUCAUCGGCUAUAGCUGCCGAGCUGCAUAUCCUCCACUUUACGUCAUCUUUGC